UCACCGGGUGCCAGCAAGUAUUUCUCACAAUCACCAAUGGGGAGGAGGACUGUUUUGUUUACUAACAGUUCUUCUCCCUGUCAGUUUGGCACACUGCUCUGGAUGGCUAGCAGUGUGAUUACAGUGAAACACACAGAAACCGCCCCCUGCACUCCCUGCACACAGUUAACCCAUUGAUCGCCCCUUAUGUUAACCCCUUCCUGCCCAGUGCCAUUAGUACAGUGUCAGUGCUUUUUUUUUAGCACUGAUCACUGUAUUGGUGUCACUGGGGAUGUCAGUGACACCAAAUCAGUUCCCCUCAGUGUCAGAAUGUCUGCAGCAGUUCCGCAGUCCUGCUAUAAGUUGCUG